GGCCACUUCAGGACAAAAUCAUAAACCUCCUAUUCCAGUCUUUUCUACAGAUCUAGAAUAACCAUUCAAGAUGAGAUCCCAAACACUGGCUCUGCUUUUUGCACUAGUAUGCUGUGGUGAAGCCAUUCCAAAAUCCAUGAAAUAUUACAAAAAACACUCUCGUAUGUCAUCACCAAUGGGAGGCUCGAUGAUGGCGUCAGAACCCACCAUGGCUAUGCAGGACUCUAUUAUUCCGGCAUCCUCUAUGGGUAACAAUAUGGCUACCAAUGCAAUGGCAAACGCAAUGGCCAAUGCUAUGACGUCACCUUCCGCCGAGAUGACGGGAACAAUGAAUCCGGCCAAUGCCAUGAUGAGUGGCUCCACAACACCCCUCCUUAGAGACGCCGCUCAGCUAGCCAUGAUGACAGGUACAUCUAUGCCCAUGAUCACACAAAUGAUGACAACAUCACCCAUGAUGCGCACCGUACUGUCCAUGAUGUCAAAACUAGCAGAAAAUGUGAUGAAUUCCAGACGCAUGAUGUCAAUGAUGUCCCCAAUGAUGUCCACAGACCCUAUGAUGUCUUCAAGUCCUCUGAUGUCUAUGGCAUCCACUAAUCCCAUGAUGUCUGCUAUGUCAUCCACUAAUCCCAUGAUGUCUGCUAUGUCAUCCACCAACCCCAUGAUGUCUACUAGUCCAAUGAUGUCAAUGAUGAGCCCAAUGUCAGAAACCAUGUCUCCUUCCAUGAUGUCCAUGACAUCUAGUCCCAUGUCUCCUUCCAUGAUGAUGCCGUCCAGUUCAAUGAUGCAGGGCAAUUUCUUCACACCAAGUGCAAGACGAGCCAUGAACAAAUUCGGCUACAGUAAAUAUUACUAAGAUUCUGCUUAGUGUUGAAAUGAUAAUGUUUUGAUGUAUGAUUGUGAAUGAGAGAGUUAAAUUAUAUUGAUGAAUUUUUUAUUCGACAGUAUUUUAAUAAAAAUCGUGUUUGAAUG